AGCCGUGGGGACACCCCUGAUGAACCAGCAUGACCUGGGUGGAGAUCCAGUGACAGAGAAGGAGCAGUCAGUCAGGAAGGACAAAGGGGCAUUCGCACUGUUCAGGAGGAGGACAAAGGACAGCGCCUAAGGCGGCAGAGGGUCGGAGAGGCUGACGACUGAGAAGAGCCCAUUCGGUUUGGCCACAGAGAGAUGUUAAUAACUUUGGAGAGGAAGUGGAGGCGCUGGUGUAGACAGUCUUCUCCACCAAGGGCCGCAGGGAGAGAGAACAGUGGUAUCAGACAUGGGUAAAUCCUUUUCUCACUUGCCUUUGCAUUCAUGUAAAGACGAUGGUUAUGAUGGAAUGACAUCAUCUGAUAAUAUGAGGAAUGGCUUAAUUCAUUCCGAAAGCCAUAAUGAAGAUGGGAGGAAUGGAGAUGUCUCUCAGUUUCCAUAUGUGGAAUUCACUGGAAGAGACAGUGUCACUUGCCCUACAUGUCAGGGGACAGGAAGGAUUCCCCGGGGCCAGGAAAAUCAGCUUGUGGCAUUGAUUCCGUACAGUGAUCAGAGACUAAGGCCGAGAAGAACAAAGCUCUAUGUGAUGGCGUCUGUGUUUGUGUGUCUGCUCCUUUCUGGGCUGGCUGUUUUCUUCCUGUUUCCUCGCUCCAUUGACGUGAAAUACAUUGGCGUGAAGUCAGCGUAUGUCAGUUAUGACGACGCAAAGAGGGUGAUCUACCUCAAUAUCACGAACACAUUGAAUAUAGCAAACAACAACUAUUAUUCUGUGGAAGUCGCAAAUAUCACAGCACAAGUCCAGUUUUCAAAAACUGUGAUUGGAAAGGCACGAUUAAAUAAUAUCACCAGCAUUGGACCGCUGGAUAUGAAACAGAUUGAUUACACAGUUCCUACCACUAUAGCAGAUGAAAUGAGUUAUAUGUUUGAUUUCUGCAAGCUGAUCUCCAUCAAGGUCCACAACAUCGUGGUCAUGAUGCAAGUGACCGUGACAACUGCCUGCUUUGGGCACUCUGAGCAAACCUCCCAAGAGCUGUACCAGUAUGUCGACUGUGGAAGAAACACCACCUACCACCUGGGCCAGUCGGAGUAUCUGAACGUGCUGCAGCCGUCCCAGUAGACGUUCCGCAGCCCCUCAGCGGUCGCUGGCGAAGACCACCGAGUCACCUACCGCAGGCAGACCUCGAGUUCACUCUGUUGUCCUAGGGGUACAGUUAAAAAUGUGUAGGCGUGCACUUGCUGAAA